UGUUGAAUGGAAAAUAUGAAUGAAUACAGUCAUGUCGAUAAUCGAUUGGACAUCACUCGCAGUGGACACAGACGUCGGACUAGUGCGGUCGUGUUUGGUAUUUCGUAUUGUGCCGCCGCGUUCCGUGGUCGAAUGUUAAUGAAUGGAAAAUAUGAUUAUAAUAGGUGGGCGGCGUGGUCGGCCAUGGGGUGCUUUGGCUCACCAGGUGGUAAGAGCGGCGGCGAGGGUGACGACCUCAAGUCGCAGAAGCGCCGUAGUGAUGCUAUCACCAGGCAGCUGCAGAAGGAUAAGCAGCUGUAUCGCGCAACGCACCGACUGUUAUUACUGGGCGCCGGCGAGUCCGGCAAGUCGACGAUCGUCAAGCAGAUGCGGAUUCUGCACGUGAACGGCUUCUCGGACAAGGAGCGCCGGGAGAAGAUCGAGGACAUCAAGAAGAAUAUUCGAGAUGCGAUACUAACAAUCACGGGUGCAAUGAGCACCCUGACCCCUCCUAUUCCACUUGAAAAGCCGGAGAACAAGGCGCGCGUGGAUUAUAUACAGGAUGUAGCGUCGCAGCCCGACUUCGACUACCCGGCAGAGUUCUACGAGCACACGGAGGCGCUGUGGAAGGACCAGGGCGUCCAGCGCACGUACGAGCGGAGCAACGAGUACCAGCUCAUCGACUGUGCCAAGUAUUUCCUGGACCAGGUGCACAUAAUAAAGCAGCCGAACUACACUCCGACGGAGCAGGACAUACUCCGCUGCCGAGUGCUCACCUCCGGCAUAUUUGAGACGCAGUUCGUCGUCGACAAAGUCAAUUUCCACAUGUUCGACGUGGGCGGGCAACGCGACGAGAGGCGCAAGUGGAUCCAAUGCUUCAACGAUGUAACGGCGAUCAUCUUCGUGACCGCGUGCUCCUCCUACAACAUGGUGCUCCGCGAGGACCCCACGCAGAACCGCCUGCGGGAGUCGCUCGAUCUAUUCAAGAGCAUAUGGAAUAAUAGAUGGCUCCGCACGAUAUCGGUGAUCCUGUUCCUGAACAAACAGGAUUUGCUGGCGGAGAAGGUGAUGGCGGGGAAGUCGCGGCUGGAGGAGUAUUUCGCGGAGUUCGCGCGCUACCAGACGCCGCCCGACGCAGCGCCCGACCCGCGCGACCCGCCCGACGUCGCGCGCGCCAAGUAUUUCAUCCGCGAUGAGUUCCUGCGCAUCAGUACGGCGAGCGGCGACGGGAAGCACUACUGCUAUCCGCACUUCACGUGCGCCGUUGACACUGAGAACAUCAAGCGCGUGUUCAACGACUGCCGCGACAUCAUACAGCGCAUGCACUUGCGCCAGUACGAGCUACUCUAACGCUCGUACUCACGCCACUACGCACCACCGACAAAGUCAGGAGAAGCGCAUAACGAGCACCGCCGGCGGCGGUUCCCGACCUCAACCAUAUGACACCAAUGUCCGAACACGGCACAGCAAUAUUUACACAUGAAUUAUAUUUGUUGUUGUAUACAUUACAUGUAUUACUAAUGUGUUAUAUUUAGGGGUCUAGGACGCGCCAGUAUGCUGUCAGAGUGGUACUAAGUGUAGAGUGCAAGCUUCGGUCAGUGCUUGAUUUGAAAUGUGAUAUUCGUCACAGAAACAUGUACAACAUAGACAAAAUGUACACUUUAUAAUUUGAUGGAUUUAUUUACUGUUGUCCACAGAGUUCUUAUAAUUUGAUGGAUUUAUUUACUGUUGUCCACAGCGUUCUUAUUUAAUAAAUAGAUAAUAAAUAAUCAUGAUAAUAAUAUUUAUAUUGUCUAAAUAAUUUUUAUUUCUUAAAAGAAAUUACUAUUGAAAAUAUUAUAACAACGCCAUCUAGUAUCAAAUUAAGGAAAGCUUGUACUAUAGGUACUACAAUUUAUUUUUUCGUAACACAUAUAUCACAUACGUGUAAUAUAUAGAAAACACCCAGAAUAAACAAAUAUUAUGCAUGUUUGUAUUGUGUGGGCAUUGAUCCUGUAACUAUUGGAAGGUUAAUCAUGUUACUGUACAAUGACUUAAAUUGAGUACUGGCCGAAAAGAAUCUGUAACAUACAGGCCUCACUUACGUCAGGUACGACAGUGAUGGUCACUGUAAGGGGUAUCUUUUGACAUUCAGGUGACAAAGUUGCGACCUUUUCACCAGUACCACGUUGAAAAAAAUUUUGCCACAGUGUUGACAUGUUUUUAUAUUAUAUCUUUGACAUUUUUUUGUUUAUAUUUUAUGUAAGAGUGUGUGUAUUUGAAAAUAUGUUUUAAAAAGUUACACCUAAGUCACAUACAGCUAAUAAUAAGUAUAUGAAUAUGUAUACCAUUCAAAGUUUUGAGAAUGAUUAAUUUGCAAAUCAUUUAUAGUUGUACAAUAUUUAAUUUUUUAUUUUAAACAUUUUGAAGUAACUUAUGAUAAUUUAUAUUAUAUAUAUAUUACUGUACUACGGUGCAUAAAAAGAUGUCAAAACUAUGACCAAUAUUUAUUUAAUCCUGACUACGCAGCAUACUCGUGCGUUAGGCCUCCUUCAGUGGUCUGAAGUUAGCUUCGGCUAUAGAGUGACCACACUUACUGUGAUUUCUAUUGCAUAGAGGGCAUCGAUCGACGUUUUAUAUACAAUAAUGAAUAUUGUAUCGAAUGACAAAUAUAUUUUUUAUUAUCUGUUAUUUGAUGUGACACUGGCAUAAAUCUAGAUUUAUUUGUACUUGUGGCGAAUACUGGCGGCCUCUCACCUGAUGGAAAGAUGUUAAAAUAAAUUCAAAACCAAAGAUAAUCUUCCAAUAUUUUUUUUUCUAUUAAAUUAUUUUGAAAUUUAUUGUUGAUAUUGUGUGAGUGGGACGUCGUAAAUUCCAUGUUUUUUUUUUUUUAUAAAAUUGUCGAGCGAUGCCGUCCUUAGCCCAAAAUGUCGUUUGCAUGGUGUUUCCGAACGGUUUCGCCGUUCCCGAUACUGGCAACUAUUCGUCGUUUAUAAUUAUGUAAUGCGCUUCACUACGUUCUAAAUUCGAAUGAACUUGGAUAUUUUUUAUUUCGAGUUUUAAUCACUUGUCGAAUGUAAGCGCAGAAAUUGUAUGAAUAGAGCUUUUAUUGUGUUUGAAUUAUUUAAAAAUGUUUUAUUAUAAUGUUUUUAGCGGUGGUAGUGAUGUGCCGUCGACAGCGGGUCCAUGGGUUGUGACGAUUACGUUCGACUUGUAUCGGUUUGUAGUGCCAAUCGCGGAUGGUUUCAAGAGACCUACUAUAAUUUUAUAUUUCUACGCUAUUAUGUGAUUAACUUAGAAAUGUCAAACUAUAGUUAGUUUAUAUGAAUCCAAGGGUAGUAUAACCUUAAGCUGCCAGGGAUAAGACGGGUGUCGUCUUAGCCGCGCGAUAUUUGCGCGACAUUACUAGCUAAAUUGCUUUAUUUUUCUCGAAUGUGGUGGAGUAGAAUUAUGAAUAUAAUUGUGAGUAAAACGUAUAUGUGUAUGCAUUAGCUAUACUGUAUUGGCUGGAGGCAUGCCGCUAUGAGGUGAUCUUGGAUUCGUUUUUUAAAUUUUUGUAUAUGUUGUAUUAAUUCGGUAGUGUUGCAAUAAAAAAAAUCAUUGAGAGUACUAUUCUACAUUAUGUUCAUACAUAUGGCAUCGCAUGAAGGUUCUAUACCUAAUAAUUAGGUAUGUAUUUUUUAUAUUUAUUAACGUAAAAGAGAACAAAAUGUCUACGUAGUUUUAUGCACAAAAUUUCAUUGUUUAGGAAAAAUCGUCACUGGUCGUUUGAAAUAAGAAACCUCGGAUUACAAUUUGAAUCACGGAGAGGGGUGAUGUCAGCUCAAAAGAUAGGCAGGAACUAGUAAUAGAAGCCAUACUGUACGGGAGUAGUACUAAUGCUGUGCUAUUGGCAUAAGAAUAAGUAAACCGGACAGAAUCGACACUCAUAUGCUUCCCUUCAGAUAUCACAGGGUUGUCACAAAUUCAUUUGCAAUUUAACAAAUAAUUUUACGAUAUGACGUGCACACGUUGGAAUGAGUUAGACGCAAAGCUCUCACUGCGGUGCGGUCUGUUGCUUGCAAGCCCUAACUUAUAAACAAAAUAGGGCCGUCAACGCGCCUAUCUAGUUAUUACUGAAGCCACGAGUAUGUCGGUUCCACCUACAAUUUUAUUCUUGUGAUAUUGAUAAGAUUCUUAAGAUUGCCUCAUAUGUGUCGCCCCAGCCACCCUUCCUCGAAGCCACUGGCAGCUAGAUGGCGGCCGACCCUCGCGGCCAAACCAUUGUUUAUAUUAAGGAUCAUCAUCACAUGGUCAUUACCCGAGGCUAGUUUCUUCUUUAGUCGUAAGCUUUUAGAACUAUCGAAGCCUUUCCUUUUCAAGUAAGCAAUUGUUUUAAUUAUGCAUAUCACUUGUAUAUUAUGCUCAAAUUAGACGGAAUCGUUGGUUUGUUUAUUUAAUAGAAUUGUCCGUACAUUGUGCAGGGUGGGUUUGAAGUUAUUUGGUAUUUAUAAAAGUAUAGGGUGACAACCCUAUAUAUAUAUAUAUAUAUAUAUAUAUAUAUAUAUAUAUAUAUAUAUAUAUAUAUAUAUAUAUAUAAUGCGUGAAAUGUGACAUAUUACCAAUAGGUAAUAUGUCUCCAUCACUUACCUACAAACCAGGAAGAGGUAAGAGGUCAUUGGCUAUCAAAUGACCCAUCAAUAUAUCAAUGUUCCAAUUUCGAGAUUUUUUUUUUAUUAAACAAAGAUAUAUGUAAUUUUUAAGUCCAUUAAUAAAAAAUCAUCCAAGCAGAUAAUUUUCUUUUUUGUAUUGUAUAAAACUAAUGUGAUGCACAAUUUCACGUAUUAGAGUAAAUAUUUUAUUAAAUAUUUUUUAUAAUUUUUUUUUAUAAAUCUAUUGGAUUAGACGAUGUUUUUUUUUAGUCUUACAUUUUUAGCUAUAUAUAUAUAUUUUUUUUUUUUUUUUUUGUAUAAUUUGACAAUUGCACCCUGCACAAUGCGUAUAUACAUAAAAAUCAACGUAUAGCAAAAUGUACAACUCGUUUUCGGUAGUGAUGUUUCUAUUUUAUAUAAGCGACUAGGAAAUUUGUUAUGUCUGUAUAUUUUUGGUUGGGGAUGAGAAUUUUUCGUUUUGUAAUUUCAUAUAUUUUGAAUUUUAAUAUAUUUUGACUUGUUUGUAGCGCGCGUCGCGCCGCUGUCUUUACGGUUAUUAAGUUUUAUUUUAGUUUUUAUCGAUACGUCUUCCAUUUUACCUGUAGUCAAUUUUCGUUUUAUUAAUUGACUUAGUGUUAUAGCACAAUUUUUGACUAAAAUAUAUAUAUAUCGCUUGCUAUAGUUUUAACCUAGGUUAUAUAUUUUUAUGUCCCGAGCUUGGUAAUUGUAAGUCCCAAAGAUGCCGUAUAUAAUACGGUCUUAGAAUCCUUUUAGCAGUAUUUUAUAAUGUUCUAAAGAUUUGAUUUAUAGAUGUAACAAUAUGUUUUGUAAGUGGACACAGUUUAUAGCGUAUAAGUACAAAUGUAACUAACAGUCCCUAAGGUUGAUGAAUUGUUCAUAGUUAUUAUUAUUUGUGAUGUUGGUUUAUGUACUUACCGUGUUGGAACUUGAUGUUAUAAAAGAUCUAAUAUGUUUUCGAUUCACAGUCUUCUUUUUGAAUGGUUUAUUUUUACUAUAUCAGACCUCGUGUCUGUCGGGUGUUAAUUACUAAUUCACUUUGGCUAUGCACGUGUGACAGAUGUCAUCAUGACAAUUUUAUCGUCGUUAUCAUUUAUGGCCAUUGAAAUUGAGCGAUGAAAGUCACGCUGACAAAUAUCGCUUAUUUCUUACCUCUGUGUCACUUAUCAUAGGUAACUAUAAAACAUUCACAUAUGGCAUGUUCAUGAAUUUGAAUGAUGAAGAGUGAUGAAAUUUGUCAUACUGACAAAUGUCACUUAUACGUGCUAGUAUGUAUAUGGACUGUACAUUGUUGUGAUGUAAUCUUGCAAUAUUUAUUGUGUCUGUAGCUAAACAUUUCAAUUCAAAAUAAUGUUUUCCUAUUGGAUAUUAAAGCACCCGAACCAUUCAAACGAAUAAUAUUUAGAGAAUUAACCACGGUUAUAUAUAUAUAAUUGUUAUUUAUUUAGCUUAAUUCGUAUGUGGUCCUUAAUAUAAGAAUGUUUAUGGUGGAGCUUUGUAAUGUGCCAUAAUGAAGUGUUGCCAGCGGAAACACCAUAACCCUAAUGUUACCAUAUAUAAUAAAUUAUCUACAAAGUAAUUAAAUGACUCGAAAAUACUGAAUUCCUUCCUAUCGUGUAAAAUAACAAGAGCUAUUUUUUUGCUUUUUUAAUAUUUAACAAUUUAAUUUGUUAUUUUUUUUUAAAUAUAUAACUAUUGAAAUUGUAUUUUUUGUUAAUUAAGUUUCACUUUGAAUGUAAGUAGGAAAGAAUAAUGUAACGUACAUUUAUUAUAAAUGAAGUAUAUGUUGUUUCAUAAAUGCGCGCGUUGGAAGGUCGCUCCGCUCAAUUCUGUUCUUAAUUACCUAUUGAUAUUUCCUAUUCAUUUCUAUUCUAUUUUCUUAGCAAAUAUUAAUUUAUAUUCUCCAAAUAGUGUUAGAUUUCAGAUAUUAAGGCAUACUACUGACAUAAUUUUUUUAUUACUUUUUUUUUAUAAUUAUAUAUAUUUCGCAUUAAUAGGAUUCAAAUAUCCCUGAUGACUGAUCUCUAUGAAGUCAGAUCUAGGGCUUACUCUUUCUUAUGAAUAUUAUCCUUUAUUUUUCCUAUUUAGCUAAACGACACGGUUAGAGAUAAGCUUUAUUACUAGUAAAAUCUAUUAUAAACUCGUUCACGAAUUUCUGUUUUUUUAAAUAAAAAUAUGGCUUGACAUUUUGAAAUGUACAACCCUAUUUUUUUUGUUAUUGUUCUAGCAGUUAAUAUUAAUACUAAAAGUAACUUAUAUAUUAUUACUGCGUAAUUAAUUAAUUAAUAUAUGUUAAUUAAUAAAUUACUCGGCUAAAAUAGCGACCUUCCGACAGCAAAAUACCAUUCAUUAUAGAAUUCAUUGUGUAAUAAUAUACAUGGCAUCUUAAACUUAUUGUAUAUGUAAACUUAAAAAGUAAAACUAUUUGGUAGCUAUUUUAAGUAAGUUUUAGCCUAUCGCAAAUGUAACAAAUAUGAAAUGCAGAAGUAAUAAAUAUCUAUAUAUAUAUAUAUAUAUAUAUAUAUAUAUAUAUAUAUAUAUAUAUAUAUAUAUAUAUAUAUAUAUAUAUAUAUAUAUAUAUAUACCAUGAAGUAGACUGCUAUCAUUGAAAAUUUAUUCGGUCCCUUGCAGGUCUACUAUCCACUAGUCGGAUAAAAAAUUUUGUUUGAUCUGUUCUGGAAUUUUUGAGCAUUAUUUUUUUCUAAGAUUGAAAAUCGAACUGAUUUAAUUUUUUUUUUCAUAAUUUUCACGGUUCAGAUAUACGAUUAUACAGCCAAAGGACGUAUGAUAACUAGUGAGAUACAUACAAUGUCUAAUAUCAAAAAUUCCAUAAUCGAUCUUAUAAGGAACAUACUGUCCAUAUACGAAGUGCACAUAGAUUCCAUUUUUAGAAUGAAUACAAAAUUGGUAAAUAUUGUAACCACGUUAGGUUGUUAACCAAAAUAAGGGUACGACUAUAAGAUGUAUGCAUAAUAACAAUCGUGUGGUAUUUGUAAAUAUGUUGAAAAUGAAGCAUGAUUGAGUGAACAUCUAGACGGAAAGAUGAAAUUGUAAAAGGUGUCCUAUUUUAGUAAAUAUAAAUGACCAUUCGCCGAAGAAUGAGCUAAUAAUAACUUUAGAGAGUCAUAUAUAUAUAUGUAGACAUGUGAUUACGUGUUUGCAAAACCACAAACACUGCUAUAAAUGCGUAUACACAGCGACCAAAUCUAACAAAUAUAUAUUUUUUUUUUGGAAUUUAUUGAUCGAUCACAAGUCACCGGGAUACGUGGUGUACGAUUAUUGGCUAGCCGUGAUGUUGUGUUAUUAAUUUUGUUAGAUUAUGUCUAUAGAAUGUUUUAUAAAAUUAUUUAAACAGCUGUGUGUUGAUCCAUAUGUAAUGUACUUGAUGGCUUUAGUUAGUAGAGUCGAUAUUGCGUGUAGGUAAACGAAAUUGCAUGUUAGGAGGACGAAGCAUUAUUAUAAGAUUUUGUAACUAUAUCCCCUAACGUGGUUACAUUCACUCUACCCACAUAAAUACGCUCACAAUACAUAACUAAGGGAGUUGUUUCUACUUAUAUUUCAUUUAAUACUAUAUCUACUUAUAUUCCUGAACUGUUUUCUAUGAGUUUAAGUCAUGAAGUUUUCGCAAUGCAAUUCUAAGGGUAAAAAAGAAAAACACUUUUUUGUUGCGUAGUUCUAACUUUAAGAAUUUAGAAGAGAGAUACGUAAAUUAUUUUUGUCUCUGUUGAACAUAUGGAAGUCGUGCAAGCGUUACUCGCGAAUCUCACCGUCUACUUUCGGCAAAAUGUUUCAAUAUAUCUCUUUCUAACAAUAUAGGUGCGAAGGAGACAACACGAACUUUUUGUGUGUGUGUAAACGUUACGCGUGAGCAAUGUAUUUGCAGUUACAUCAACUACUCGCAGCGUUCAAUAUGUAACGAGACGCCUUCAGCCGACGACAUUGUAUUUCUAUAACUUAUUAUGAAUGAUGGACGGUUAUUAUAUUGUAAUGAAACGUGUGAAAGCUUUCCAAGUUAUUUAAAUAAGAAAUAUAAUGUGUCCAUUAGUAUGGGACGUAUUUACACGUAAGCAGUGUGCAGUGUGCAGUGUGCAGUGUACAGUGUGCAGUGUACAGUGUACAGUGUACGUUGCUAUCCGACCCGAUUCUCCUUGUACAAUUUAAGAAGAUGCAAUAACAAGUGAUUCAUGUAAUAUGUAUAAAGUAGUAUAUAGCAUAUUUUCUAUGUUUUUCGAUAUUUAGAUAAAUACUGCCAGUGUCGAUGUCAAGUAAAUGGAACGUACUAAGGUGUAAAGAUUUUUAAAUAUUUCUCCGUUCUCGGUGUACCGGCCCGCGCAGUGCGGGCUCGAUGACGCAAAUGGUGUCUAGAACAUUCAAUUCCAAGUCCUCGGCGCAGGAACUCGACUAAACUAGUGUUUAAAGUACUUUUAAAUUGUUUUGCGUGAUCAAAUCCUUGAUAGUAGGUAAAUUAACGUCCGUUGCCAAUAACCAAAUAGUAUUGAACAAUUCCUCCUUUUUUAAUAUCUUCAUAGUAGUUAAGUGAAUGUACUUGCGCACAAUAUGUAUGUGAGGAUGGCCCCGUUAUGUUUUGACAAAGUGCAGCGUCGCCUGCAAAUAUUUUUGGUAAUAUUUUACCUGUCAUAGGGAGUCGCGCUGUCCGCAUGCCCUCUUUAGAUCUGUCUCGCUGUAGAUAAUAAAUAUGAUGGCAUUUAAACUAGAGCUCAUAGAUUUUUUUCCAUUGUAGCACAAAAAAAGUAUUUUUCUCUCAAUAUUUCGGUAGUGGUUUCUUUAAUAGAUAUAUUUUCUAGCAUAGCUCAAACACACUUCGUUUACAAUUGGUAUUUGAGAUCAGCACGUACCUACAUGUACAUGUUAUACCUAUUUUACCGACGGACUGCGGAUACGAUUGUCAUGGUGUAUUUAAUCUUAAUACCUACGUUUAAUAUAUACUGAAAAUCUAUAUUUUUAACAAAUUUAAUUUUAAAAAUAUACCUAAUUAAUAAAAUCCUAAAGAUUAAAAAAUGAAAUUUUUAAUAUUUAUGUGUAUAGUAGUGUGUACUGCGAGGUGAUUAUAAAAUAACAAACGCUUAUAAUUUUCGUCUCCACAGAUUUGUGCAAAGAGAAAUUAUAUAAUUUACUGUCCAUGAAAUUAAUAAUCUAUACCUAACUGAUGUGUACAAAAAUCAGUAUGUUUCAGGCAUUUUGAAUCCGACUUAAUGUAUGUAAAAAUAAAUGUUGUUUUAAAAA